UGCUCGCGAAAGGAAGUUGUCAUUCUUCAACGGGAAGGGUUGUGGUCACGCGCCAAAAUAGUUGCGGGAAAACCAAACUGAAUCCAGGAGAGAAGCAAGAUACAGAAUUGUGCUGCACAUGAGAAAAUGAACACCAUGAUGUCCCCGAAGGCUGAAGAUGUCAGACAGGGGAUCUCUGUCAUCUGUGAGAUCUUGCAGUGUCCAAUAUGUUUGGAAUUGAUGAGCACACCUGUGUCUACUAAGUGUGACCACCAGUUUUGCAAGUUUUGUAUAAUGAAGCUUUUGGACAGCAGUAGGAGAAAGGAGGCCAACUGUCCAGUUUGUAAGACAAAGAUCACAAAAAGGAGUUUGCAGGAGAGCCCUGGGUUCCAGAAAUUGGCAGAGGGAUUGCAGAAUAUGGUCCAGGCCUAUGAACAUGACACCUGCACAAACUACUUCACUGGAAUGUCCCAGGUGAGGAGACAUAUGAGUGUCACAGAGACUGUGCAGAAGAAAAACGGCCAUGAUGUCUCAUCUGAUGACGUAUGGGCUAGUGACCGUGCUGAUGACGAGGAUCAUGAGUUUUCAAUGCCCUGCUCGUCAACUAUAGCAGCCAAGGAUGGCUUUGCAACGCUCAUGGGUCUUGAAGAUUCUUGUCCUGUCAUUUCGGACGAGGGGUUUGACAGCAGCCUAGGUGACAUACCUCCAGCCACUGAAAAGCAUACCGAUGACUCUAAAGCUACCUCCACCACAGAAAAACAGAAGCCAGCAUUAGAGGCAGAAAUACCUGAGGUUGUUGAAAGAGCUCCCUCACGACCUCAAAGGCUUGGAAAAAAGAUAAGCACUCAUCCUCAAGAUCCACCAUGCUGUCCUGAAAAGGUCAGAAACCAACCUGUCAGACGAUCCACGAGGAAUAACAAAAGAGAGUCCUUGACCGAAAUGAUUGACCAGAAUCAGAAGAAAAGUCUAGAGAAAGUCUCUGAGUGGCUCAUGAAUAAUUCCUCAACAGAAGUAAACUCUGAGAAGGAGAAAAACACAGAGGGCUCUUAUGACUCAGUUUCUUUGGCAGGAAGUUGUUCCCCCUCCUCACCCUUAGCGGAUAACCUCAGAAAUAAGGACCAGAGUCCAAAGAGAGAAGAGCGUGGCAAAUGUCUUGAGGAGCUGGUAUUUGGGGCUGUUUACAAACGGGAUCGAAGAGGGAACCGCAGUUUUUCACCACAGAAUAUAGCGAUCACAGACCCUCCACCACCCUGUCCAGCUGAGGAACUCCAGAUCCUGAAGAAGAUUGCCAAAAGGAGGAUGAGAAAUAAACUGACACCUGCUGACUUUGUCAAGAGACCAAGAUCUGAGGAGAAUGAAGACAGUGUUAUGGAUGACCAACCAGAGAUGACAGAAACACAAGAGGAUUAUCCCAAUGAACACCCAAAAGAUACUGAAGAAAAUAAGUUGAUUGUCCUGACUGGGGAGCUGAAUUCUAAUAGCUCUGACAAGCAAGGAGAAGAGCUUGAUGAGUUGCCGGAAGGUGACAACAAAGAGAAUGAAGAUGUAGAGGACAGUCCUGUGUUUGAUGUGCCACUACGGGAACCUGGGAGGAAGUCAAAUAAAAAGAUGCACGGUAGGUGGCAGGACGUUGACAGGGAUUUACAAGGGAAUGUAAAGUCGGAGAAUAACGAGCAAAAAAAGCCUGCCAAGAAAAAAGGGGAAAACAUCAAGGUGGAGAAGAGCAAGGCAACCAAAUCCUUAGUCCUUGUGGGUGUCAGAGAGGGUGGAAGUGACUCUAAGAUGCCUAAGAGCAGACCAUCAGGCCAGACCGAGGUUCAGAUUGAGAGUUACCCUAGCAGUGAGGAUCCAGGAAGCCCAAUCAUGAGGAGAACCAGGAGGAGUCGGAGGCUUCAGCUUUUCACAGAGGAAGUACAAGGGAGUAACAAGAUCGGCACUGCAACAUCCACAAAGGUUGUCGUUCUUGAUUCAGACUGCAACGAGAUGCAGCAAUCAAAGGAGGCGAAAGCUGACACCGACAAGGAUAAUGUGGCGUGUUUGCAGAACCAAAAUACAGAAAAGGCUGUCAGGAAAAACGGAUGUGUUUUGGAUGAAGAAAUGGGAGGUAUUGAGAGCUUGGACUCUAGCGAGAAAAUAUUGUGUGAAAUGAUUGAGUCACAGAAAGUAAACCAAGUUGAGGAGUCUAUUGUCGAAGUCCCAAGUACAGGAAGGCCUUGUCACGCUGAUGUUGCUUGUUCAGUGACUAUGGUACCAAGUUCAAUUAGUACCCCUGAGGCAAGUGUCUCGUGUGCCGUGCCUGAGAGUGUAAACCAAAGUAAUCCGGUUAUCAAACCAUUAGAUGACUUGAGAUCAAAUGUACCACAAGAGACGUCAGCCAGCCAGGCCAAAUGCAUUGAUCUAGAUGAGGAUGUCCGGAAUGACAGUGAGCUGGACACUGAGCAACUGCUGAAGAGCUUCAAAGCCACCAAAAGGAAGUCCUUCCACCUUGGUAGUCCAAAUAUCAAGAGGAGUUCCUUCUGGUCCAACAAGGAGAUUACAACUCUUACAAAGACUGAAGAGAACAAACAUGUUGGCACAGAUAUGGAAGCAGGAAAUGGGCAGGGAUUUUCAAGGACAACGGAGUGUCCCACAGUCCAACAGGAAUCUGAGAAAGGGACAAUAUUCGAAAAUUCUUGCUGUAGUGAUUUGAGCCCACCUUCAAGUUCCCUCAACAAUAUUUCACAAGAAAAGGCGCAGAGGAAUCGUAAAAGGCUCAGAAAAUCCAUUCUUACCAGACCACCUCAGGAUUUAGUGGAUUCUUCGAACCCUGAUACCAGUGGGAAGACCCAGAAACAGAUUCUGUCCAGGCUUUCUGGCAACAGCUCAAAAAGUGCCCUCAGUCCCAACAAAGUCACAAAAAGCCAAAUGGAAUCUCCCCACCAAGCUGUGGGUUCUGGUCUGCUCUUUCCAGCUUUUGGCGCCUCUAAGGAAGAUCUACCAGAUCCGACACCUGUAGCUUCAAAGCAACUUAGAGUCCCUAAAAGUCAGCAGCCAUACAAAGUGGAGGGCAGCAUGAGUAAAAGUCCAACAGAACUGGAGAGUAGCCACAGUGUUGGAUCAGAGAUGGCAGUGGAGUUAAACAAAACGUGUCCAGAGAACAUGACUGGAAACAUAGCCAAUACAGAGUCCUCCUUGACUCCAGAUGGCCUCCUUCCAAUUAUCCAAUCAGUAGUUAUCCAAGAGGCACAGAGGACUAAAAGAUGUGGUGUGGUCAGCUUGCACUCUCCCAUCAAGAGCACCCUAAAGCGGAGGAAGGCUCAGAGACUGGAGUCUUCCUCUGAGUCCAACUGUAGUGGGGAGGAAGAGGAACUGCCUUCCCUUGCACAAAUUUUCAGACCGUCGACUUGUCCACCAACCGCUGAGGAGGAGGAGGAGGAAUCAGUCACAUUGCUCAAAGACCAUGCCAGGGGACAAGGAAGCUACAGGGAGGCUGGUGAUGCAGCUGAAGAUGGGCAGCGAGCGAGCAGUCCUCCCAUGUGCCCCAGUCCCGAAUGGGUCACCACCAGCCAGGCAUCUGUGGAUCUGUUUGGAACACCAGAAGAAGCUGAAGGAAUGGCAGGUGACACUGGCCUGACACAGGAAUCAUCACAAUUUUCAAGCGAGUGUAUUGCCACUCAGCAAAAGGUUGCGAUGCAGGAGGAGCUGCGGAGGCUGGAGAGAAUGAUGGCGUUGGUGUCUGAAGCGCUCCAGGAGAAGGAGGAGGAGGAGCCCACUGGGGCCAAAGCGCUGCUUCAACCAGACAGGUCCACAGUCUCCUCAGGCCUUGAUCUCCAGGCGAACCUGCCGUGUGGCCAGGGCACCAGGAAGAGAUCUGCCAGCAGGGAAGGUGCCCAAAACAUUGGGGGAAAUGCAGCCUCACCUCCCCCUGGUCUUGGAGACAGUGAGGGCCUUGGGCCCACCCCCACCACGCCCUGCCGCACCAAACAUGAGGGACCUGGAGGGACUGGAGCAGGGCGGCUUGGCAGACAGUCAGGACGGAGCCUAAGGAGCAGCAUGAGAGCGAGGCCCAACCAGGUGUCGCCAGUGGUCAGAGUGCACAGCGGGACCAAUGCUCCCUCAGCUGGGCUGGAGGUCCAGGAUACCCCGGUGGUCAUCCAGCAUGCAAACACACACCCAUCAACACACACUGCACUGCGGGAACCUGCUGGGGUAAAGUUGGUGCUGGUAGCAUCAGGACUCAGUGCACCUGAACAGUCGAUGGUGAAAAAGUUUGCCAAGAGGAUGGGAGGCAGUGUGUGUUCACAAGUGACGUCCGAGACCACCCAUGUCAUCAUGAACACAGAUGGUGAUCUGGUGUGUGAGCGCACGCUCAAGUACUUCCUGGGCAUCGCAGGCAGGAAGUGGGUGGUGAGCUUCCAGUGGAUUUCCGAGUGUUUCAAACAAGGGACAGUCUUAAAUGAGACGUCAUUUGAGGUGCGAGGAGACGUUGUGAACGGACAUGAUCACCAAGGGCCCAUGAGAGCACGGACCACAGGGGACACAAGUCUGCUGAUGAAGGAUUACGAGAUCUGUUUCCAAGGCCCUUUCACCGAUAUGACCACUGGUCAGAUGGAGUGGAUGGUGGAGCUUUGCGGUGCAACAGUGGUUCAAGAGCCUCUUCUCUUCACUGGUGAACUGAAAACUCGUCAGCUCAUAGUGGUACAACCAGGCUUGGACCAAUCACCAAUAAACUACCAAGCCCUCCAGAGGAUAGCCACGGUCAUCACCCGUGGUUGGCUAUUUGAUUCCGUGGCAACCUACACCCUUCAAAGCCUUGACAACUACAGAACGUAACCUUCAGACCUGGUGUCACAUCCAAAUCGCUCCGCUGUCCUGGACCCACUCCACUCGGUUCAUUGGUGUGAUACACAAAUCGUUCCCUUUUCUGGAUCCUGUCACUAGAGGCAGUCCCCGGUGUCACGUCCAAGUGGCUCCCUUGCCACCCUCUUUCUUAAUACAGUGCCUUCAUAAAGUAUUCAUACCCCUUGACUUAUUACACAUUUUGUGUUACAGGCUGAAUUCAAAAUGGUUUAAAUAUUUGUUUCUCUCCCAUCUACACAGCCUGUUAAUACUCUGUUAAUGGCAAAGUGAAAACAUGUUUUAAAAAAUGUUAGCAAAUUUAUUGAACAUUUAAAUGCAUAAAUAUUUAAUUUACACAAGUAUUUACACCUCUGAGUCAAUACUUUGUAGAUGCACAUUUGGCAGCUGUAAGUCUUUCUAUGUAAGUCUUUUCUUUUCAAAAUUCUUCAAUUUCUAUCAAGUUGGUUGUUGAUCGUUGCUAAACAUCCAUUUUCAGGUCUUGCCAUAGUUUAGACUUAUAUCUACUUGAAAAACUAUCUCAGCCACUCAGGAACAUUCAAUGUCUUCUUGGUAAGCAACACCCAGUGUAGAUUUGGCCUUGUGAUUUAGGUUAUUGUCCUGAUGAAAGGUGCAGACAGAACCAGGUUUUUUUCUAGGAUUUUGCCUGUGCUUCACUCCAUUCCCUUUCUUUUUUAUUCUGAAAAACUCCCCAGUCCUUAAUGAUUACAAACAUAUCUAUAGCAUGACGUAGUCACCACUAUCCUUGAAAAUAUGGAGUAUUGUACUCAGUAUUGUGUUGUAUUGGAUUUGCCCCAAAUACAACACGUUGUUUUCAGUACAAAAAGUGAAUUGCUUUGGCAAUUUUUUUGUCAUAUUACUUUAGUGGCUUACUGCAAACAGGAUGCAUGUUUUGGAAUAUUUUUUUUGUGCAUGCUUUCUCUUCACUCUGUCAAUUAGUUUAGUAUUGUAGAGUAACUACAUUGUUGUUGAUCCAUCCUCAGUUUUCUCCUAACACAGCCAUUAAACUCUUAACGGUUUUAAAGUCACAAUUGGCCUCAUGGUGAAAUCCCUGAGCAGUUUCCUUCCUCUCCGGCAACUGAGUUAGGAAGGACGCCUGUAUCUUUGUUGUGACUGGGUAUACAGAUACACCACAGCAAUAGGUACCCUUUUGCGAGGCGUUGGAAAACCUCCCUGGUCUUUUUGUUUAAAUCUGUUUGAAAUUCACUGCCCGACUGAGAGACCGUACAGAUAAUUGUGUGUGGCACAGAGAUGAGGCAGUCAUGAAAAAGAUCAUGCUAAACACUAUUGCACACUGAGUGAACCCAUGCAACUUAUUAUGGGAACUUAUUUAGCCUUGUCAUAACAAUACUUAUUGACUCUAGACAUUUCUGCUUUAAAUUUGUGAUUAAUUUGUCAAAUGUAUGGGGUAUUUUGUGUAAGCCAGUGACAUCUCAAUUUAAUCCAUUUUAAAUUCAGGCUGUGACGCAAAAAAAAAAAUGGAAAAAGUUGAGAGAUGUGAAUACUUUCUGAAGCCACCGUAUGCCUAAGAGACAAUCCAUGAUCAACCAGUUCAAAAGAUUAUGGCACUUUACCCCAUCCCCCUGGGGUUGACUUGUUUUUGUCACCAUGACUACAUGACUUCCUUUAAAAUAGUUGUUAUGCAGUCGCUUUGUGUUGUAACUAAACUCUGUGUGAUGUACAUAAAUGUAAUGUCCUCUUACUUAAAACAACUCGCAUGGAAACAAAUUAUAUAUUUUUGUACCCUGUGAGAAUGAGAAACCAAUGACCUGAAGAGAGCCAGAGGCUGGUGCUUUGUUAUAUAUGCACGCAUACAUGCGCACAUGUUCGUACAAACACACACGUGUAUAUAUUAACACACACACACACACAGGGAAAGUGAACAGGAGUCUUUAAUAGGGUGGUGCAACAUUGGCGUCUUUUGCCUCCGUUCUCCCUCCCUCUCUUUUUCCUCCGAAAAGCCUGACAUACCCUGAAAACAACAAAGAAAAAGGGGGCGCUUGUGGGGCUCACAGGCCUGUUAUGAAAUGUUCUCCAGUAUUUGACUUUAUACACUAACUGUGCUUCAGGCCAGAGCAUCUCUCAGUGAAUCAGUAGCAUAUUGCAAGAGGGGGCCAAGCACAAAACUGUUCUAUGGGGUAGGAACAAAUACCUUUGUUUGAGGCCCGGGAGCUCCAACUGGCUUAAAACCUUUUAUCAGAUACACUUGUUGUUUUGCGCCAGCGUCAUCUGAGUGUUUUCUUUUCAGAAAAACCUAUUAGUAUUUAUUUACCUUGACUUCCCGGUACGCUGUUCUCUUCUCUCAAGGUCUCAUGCAUUUUAAUGUUGAAGAAGCUUUUUACCCCUGGUUCAUUAAAGCCCACUAUGUGUAUCCUACAAGGCUUUCAGACCCCUGUUCACUAGAUAUCCCAAACAAGACCAGCGCGGAGAGAGGGGGCGUGGGGGGAGCAGGAAUAUGCUCUGCCAGUAGCAAGCGUUCUACUGAAUUAUUGAACAGGCGACAAUUGGGAAAAGAAAGGAAGAUAGCGAGGGUAGAGAUUGAGAGGAGUGGAGAGGACCACAAGCACAUUAAGGGGACCAAGGAUGGCCCUCGUCCAUAAACUGAGAGCCUGUUGCAAUUCUGUGACUGUAAGUAACCCACCGUGACUAGGGUAGCCUGACAUGGUUUGAGACCUGAAGACUUGAGUUAGCUCCCCCGAGCUGAUGCUUAGGUUUAGCUCAACAGGCUAACACAGUCUUGUGGCGUGCAGGUUAUCCGGGUUGCAUACCUGGUUGGGUCACAUAAGCCUGAGAGGUUGUUCCUGAUGGACAAAGUUGGUGGUGUCCAAAAUAUUGUGCUAUGAAAGACUUUGUAGCACAAUAGCACGGUUAGCGGCAUGUGGUAAAGUAGCAAUGUAAAAACCCUAGGGGGACUGUUCCAUCCAAACUCAUUUGUAUGCACCCAGGGUAUUAAAUACCAAAAUAACAUUCCACAUGUGCUGCGGACAAUUUAAUCGAUAAUGAGAAUGUUUAAAAAAUAUUUUUUACUCAAUAACACAUUUGGGUACUAACAUCAAUGGUAGCUGGAAGGGACUAAUUGUUAUCUGAUUUUAGCUGUCACCCUGUAAGUUCACCCUCCUAUAGAAUGGAUAGAAAUAAUGAAUUUGACUUAAACAUUUUUUUUUUUUUCACUCUCAAGGCGCCAUAUGCUAUGGAUGCAUCAGGUCAAUGAGAAUCUUAAUAGUUGGAAUCCAUGCAUAGGAACAAAGAACAGUUGUGUGGCGUGUUGUAAUGGAGCGCCUUUCCUGCUGUGAGAGACAGAAGGCCUCAUGUCUGUCUUGAAUCUAAUUGGACCCCAAAGGGUGACAGUAUCUCUUAACGAUCAUAUAUGGAGAAAGCACCGUCUAAAUAAUGUAUUGAAACCAGACAAAUGUAUGCAAGACAAAAACAUUGAUAUGCUUAAUGCUCUACCAUAUGUUUGGCAAUGUUAUAUGUCUGUUAGUCUGCUAUCACAAGAUUCAGCGAGAGCAUAUGACAGGGGGACCAAGAUGGAAAGUUAGUCCUGCUUCCCAGUUAUAAGCUUGUAAUAAUAUCCCUAUAUAGGGUUGUACUUUUAUGGUAGACCGCACUGAAGGAAGAGUGACGCCUCAAGGACGUCUCUCCCCUCUUCGCGGAGUCCUACCCUGUAGACCGCAGCCUACUCCAGGUAGAAGUUGGGUUAUAAAUAUCGACAGAGACUUUGCCUGAGCUGCUGGAAGUGUUUCGCCUGCCGCUGGUUUAUUGAUUGGCGGUGCCCACAGGGCCUGCUAUACUACUUUAUCGUCUGCUGUUUUAUACAUUAUCGCCUGCUGAGGGAAUCUGGAAAGGUUUUCAUCAAGAAGUCGUGAAUUAGACGGGGUGAAAUUAUGCAUGUAUGCACACUCAUGCAUUGUUUUAAAUGGAGUCUUCUGCACAUAUACGCUAUAUAUACAAAAGUAUGUGGACACCCCUUCAAAUUAGUGGAUUGGGCUAUUUCAGCCACACCCGUUGCUGACAGGUGUAUAAAAUUGAGCAUACAUCCAUGCAAUCCCCAUAGACAAACGUUGGCAGACUGUCCUUACUGGGGCCUCCCGGGUGGCGGAGCGGUCUAAGGCACUGCAUCGCAGUCCUUGAAGUGUCACUACAGACCUUGGUUCAAUCCCAGGCUGUAUCACAGCCGGCCGUGACCGGGAGACCCAUGAGGCGGAGCACAAUUGGCCCAGCGUCGUUAGGGUAGGGUUUGGCCGGGAUUUCCUUGUCCCAUCGCGCUCUAGUGACUCCUUUUGGCGGGCCGGGCCCCUGCAAGCUGACCUCGGUCGCCAGCUGGACGGUGUUUCCUCCGACACAUUGGUGUGUCAAGAAGCAGUGCGGCUUGGAAAUAUCAUGUUCUAGAGGAAGUAUUGCUCUCGACCUUCGCCUCUACCGUGUCUGUAAGGGAGUUGCAGCGAUGGGGCAAGACUAACUACCAAUUGGGGAGAAAAACAGGUAAAAGAAAAAACAUAAAGUGACUUUCAACGUGGCACCGUCAUAGGAUGCCACCUUUCCAACAAGUCAGUUUGUCAAAUUUCUGCCUUGCUAGAGCUGCCCCGGUUAACUGUAAGUGCUAUUAUUGUGGAAACUUCUAGGUGCAACAACGGCUCAGCUGCAAAGUGGUAGGCCACACAAGCUCACAGGAUGUGCAGCAAAGUGCUGAAGCACCGAAGCGUAAUAGUCUCCUCGGUUGCAACACUCACUACCGAGUUCCAAACUGCCUCUGGAGGCAACGUCGGCACAUGAACUAUUAGUUGGGAGCUUCAUGAAAUGAAUUUCCAUGGCCGAGCAGCCGCACACAAGCCUAUGAUCACUAUGCGUAAUGCCAAGUGUCUGGUGGACCGGUGUAAAACUCGACACCAUUGGACUCUGGAGCAGUGAAAAUGCGUUCUCUGGAGUGAUGAAUCACACUUCACUAUCUGGCAGUCCAACGGACUAAUCUGGGUUUGGCGGAUGCCAGGAGAACGCUACCUGCCAGAGUGCAUAGUGCCAACAAGAAAGUUUGGUGGAUGGGGAAUAGUGGUCUGGGGCCGUUUAUCAUUGUUCGGGCCAGGCCCCUUAGUUCCAGUGAAGGGAAAUCUUAAUGCUACAGCAUACAAUGACAUUCUAGACUAUUCUGUGGUUCCAACUUUGUGGUAACAGUUUGGGGAAGGCCCUUUCCUGUUUCAGCAUGACAAAGCCCCCAUGCACAAAGCGAGGUCCAUACAGAAAUGGUUUGUCGAGAUUGGUGUGGAAGAACUUGAGUGGCCUGCACAAAGCAAGUCCCUGCAGCAGUGUUCCAACAUCGAGUGGAAAGCCUUCGCAGAAGAGUGGAGGCUGUUAUAGCAGCAAAGGGAGGACCAACUCAAUAUUAAUGCCUAUGAUUUUGGAAUGAGUAGCUCGACGUGCAGGUGUCUACAUACUUUUGGCUGUGUAGUAUAUUUGUCUUUGAGCAUUUCAUAUAUAAAUGUAAUAUGUAGAUUUUUUUAUUGAGUUUUGUUGCGUCACCUUGAAGUCGGUCAACUGUUCUUGGCUAAUGUCUAUAUUGUCUGGUCUGAUAACCGAAGUCCUCAAGUCCAAAUCCUUAGCAUCCGAGUCCUUUAUUACCGUUCUCCUAGCAGCGGGAUAUUAUGCUUGUAUUUGGUUAGUAGAGACCCUACUGAGUAUUUCCCACCCCACUUUAGUCGAGAAAGGUAUAAAAGUUCUCUACAAGCCAAUAUGUAUCCCAUGUACAGUCUAUUAGUGUAUUGCAUUUGGGGCUAUGGAGGGGGCGAAUAACGAAUUGGUGCUGGAAGUUCAAGUUCUAGACUCAAGUUUCCUACUACAAAACUGUCUUAAACCCCCCUACUGGAACAGCUACAAUUUCAUAAUUAUUCAUAAACCUUCAGUUUAAAGAAAGUGCAUGCUUCGGACAUACCAUUGAAGACUAAGAAUAGCUGUCAGAAUUCAGCUGAAAGCACUCUGAAAUCUUGCAUUCAAAACAAACCAAAAUGCCAGUGUCCUCAUUACAACGCUCCAUCUCCAACUUGAACAAGGUAGUUGUUGACUCCAUCGUGGCUGAGAAAUAGAUUUUUUUUUUUUUUUUUAAAUAGUCACAAUUCUGACUUGCGGGCCUUUCAAAUGCCAGAUGUGCACUUUGGUGUGAUGGAGCACUGCAUGCUGUUUUCAGUAUUUCCCCCAAAGUCACAGAGAAACCUUGGAGUGUGGAUUCAGCUUAACUGUCUUUGACAAUAGCAUGCAUUUUAUUGGAGACAAGGGGGGGGGGGGGACACUGAAUUAGGCCUCUGUUGCACUGUUUUACAAGAGUGAUUUUUAAAGGCCAAACAACAAUGGACAUAUUCAAAUGGUUCAAUAGACAAUGGCCUAUGUGCAUAAAGAUGUCGGAAUUCGAAUAUAGUAUGUUGUCAUUGUUUUAGCCAUCUGAAAAAAACUGAACAGAACAGGCAUGGAACCUCUAACCCUGUCAAUUUGACUGGUGUACUCAUGGGUCCACUCGCAAAUGGCUGCCUGAUAUUGUGACGCACUAAUUUCCAAGGUGAUGUAGAAUGUUAAUUGAAAUUGUUACCUGAUGUGGUUCAUUCAAUGGAAUGUGUUUUUGUAAUGCCUAUUUGAGUUGAAUCAACAAAUCACAGCACAUAUUGAUGUGUACAUGUCCUAUGCAAGUAUACCCAAUGGAUGUCAGUGACAUCCCGACAACUUUGAGAAAAAACACUUAUCACAGUUGUCGCAAGAUGGUGAAGCAUAUUCAUGACAUGAGGAAAGUAGAAUAGCAUCUCUCGCCAUUGAAAACAGGCAAUAGUCAUCAACACCACACGAUUUUUCAAAAAAGUAUAAAAAUAAUGCAAUGUAUCUACCAAUCUAAAGAGGGGAAAAGGCGGAGCUUGAUAGCCCGCCGUUCCGCUCUGUGGACAAGAAAUCCCAUUUUGGGGGUGGAAACAUAGGUGUCGUCAUUAUAUCCAAAACUCUGUUCUAAAGUAGGGGUCUGAGCGGAUUGUCGGGUGCCGGAGCAUAGUUCUAAUAAUCUGUACACUGCAAAUUGACCACGACUGCCCAAAAAUGGAUUUGUUAUUUUCAGAAACAGUCAUGUCUCAAUGUAAUAAAGGUAUGAAAUGA